CACACGGAACACAACGUUUCUAGUACAUUACUAGUUCGAACGGCGUCCCGAGAGACCUCGGAGGAACCUUUAUCUCCAAGUAGUACGACUCGACGACUCGAAUUGGGCAAACUUUUAAUCUCAAUAGCACAGUCGAACAAGUGUAGAUGAGUAAACUUUUAUUAUCUCUGUCAGCUAACGAGAAAUGAAAGCCUAUCUGGAAAUAUUGCGGAGAUAAUGGAACCUUCGAAUGCAAAAUGAGUCAAACGUCAAUUCAUCCGUCUCUAAUUAAGAGUUACAAUAAGUUUGAUCGCGUUAGGGUUAGGUUGGUUUGAAAAAAAAGUCCAUUUGAUAUCUGAUAAUUGAUUUGAGCGUCAGUCAGAGAUAUGGCUGCUUCCUUCCAAACGCAAAUUCUGAGCGUUUUGGGGAGUAAGACAAAAUAUCUUAUGGAAUUGAAGAAGACGUUCGCUCGUCCAUUGAUGCAGCUUGCAGUAAAAGCUAUAGAGUUAGAACACAUAGAAGAAGGUGUAUUGGAGCGGAUAAGCAAGAAAUAUAAUAUACCUGAAGAUCAUAUUGAUGAAUAUUAUUUUGCCAUUCUUACAAUUUUGAAAACAUAUCUUCGUUUGCAGUGCCAUAUCCUUAAACCUACAGAGUUCAAGCAAUGUCUGGAGGAAUUAAGAUUGGCUCCAGAUUGUAUAGAAGAUUUAUCUUCUGUCAUUUAUGGUCCAAAACAGUCAUACCUGCUGUCAGGUUUAAUUCAGAGGACAAAGUUUAAUCCACAGUUAAUAUCGUGCAGAUGGCGUGUGGAUAUCACUAUUUCAUCUAACAUAUUAAAUAGAGUACUAGAGCCAAACAUAAUCAUGGAGUGGAUCUUUAAUACAGGAGAAUGUGUAACAUUUGAAUUAUCCUUGGCAAAGUUUCAUCAAUUGAGGCAUACCAUAGCCACCAUUCUCGUGGAAUUGCAAGCACUAGAACGGCACAAUAUUUUUAAAACUAUCCAUUCCAGCUGACAGUGACAAAUGUGAUGACUUCUUAUUGAAAAUCCCUAAUAUUUGUACAUUGGCCAUAGCGAUAUCAAAUAAAUUUAUUAACGCAAA